CAUUAUGUCUAACGUACAUCUCAUUUUCUUUACCUAUAUAUAGUACCCGCAGCAUAUUCAUAUUGAAUGGUGUGAUACCUCCAACACUAAGCACAAAUCAAUGAAAGCGUAAUCCAUACAAAAUGCAUUUUUUUGUGGGUAAACUCGAUGAAAGCCAUCAUUAUUGUGUUGCACAGUGAAACCAACAGAAAUGGGUAAUAAAUCAAUCAUGUUGAACUCAGCGUUCAUAUGUAUAAUAUUUUGAGAUAGAUACAUUAAGUGUAAAUUUAAUUGUGAAAAAAAUGUCCACAUCCUUCAUGUAGGAUUCGAACCCAAAAUCUUUUGUUCAGUUUAAUGUUCCUGGAAUACCGGAUUCUUGAAAGGGUUUAGAAAACCGUAUCAAGAACACAACCAGAAUAGGGAAGGGACGUAUGUUCGACCGCAUGCACAAUGCGCUACACAUUUUACGUUUUUCUUUUUUCAAGCAUGUUCAACUACAGUUAUUUGAACAAAGAUUUCCCGGAAGAAAAAAUGGAGCCUCAAAAAAGCAAAAAAACAAAAAUCAGUAAGCCACUGUUGGUGGAUGCUGCUACGUUGGACCAAAUGCGGCUGAGGUUUGACCAAAUCAAGCAGAAAAACGCGUUACCAGAAGGAACGAGCAGCAAAAUACCAAUUGCUAUGGCAAGUAUUGUGCCACCUGGCAUAACCAUAAAAAAGGAGACAGAAAGCACAAGAAGUAUUCCUCCAAUUCAAAUUCCUCCACAAAUGAAUUCUACCUCCAUCAACUCAGAUUUCGAAGGACAAACAUCCCCGCCAUCUAAAAUUCCACGACUGGCAACAUUACUACACUCUAUCGCCCCACUAACUCCACGGCCGGUAACGGUAACCACCAUAGCAGGACAAAUCUCACCACCAACCAAUAUUUCACGACCAGUAACUUCUAAUCACAUCGCUCUACCGAAAACAACUCCGCGGCCGGUGCCAUUGGUGAACACAGGUAAGAUUAAGGAAUUACUUUGA